AUGGAAAGAGAAAAUAGAGAACUUUACAAGAAUUGUGCCCAAUUACAGCAACAAGUAGCACAACUUGAAAUGGAAAAUGGUAAUCGUUUAAUGGAAAUUUCAAAAAUACAAAAAGAGGAACAAGAAAAACAAAUUCAAAGAAUGAGAAAUGAAAAGGCUCAAUUCGAGAAAAUUCUUGAGAGCAGAGAAAGACUGUGUAAAGAGAAAAUACGUCAAUUAGAAAAUCAAAUACAAAUUUUACGUGAAAGUUUGGAAAGUGAGAGGAGGAAAGGCAGAAAUUUACGAACUGUGGACAUUAGAAGGGUUCAGAGUGGAGUUAGCGAUUUUUGGCCGAGUAGAAGUGACAAUAUUGACAGUUUUAGAUUUAGGAGAACAUUUGCAUCAAAUCCUUUAACACCGCCUAGAGGCACUUCAACACCUAUUCGCGAAGUGUUUGUUGUUCCCCCUGAUCGAGAAGACAUAAGCCGAAGUGAAACAGAAGAACAAAGUGUGAGCACUACUCCGAGACUUGAUCGAGCACAUGGUUUUGAUCAAAAAAGUAUUAGUGGUGCAUUUCAUCCAAUUUUUCCAGGAAGAGAACUAGCAGAGGAGGGACCUUCUUCAAUGGAACAAUUAAAGUACAGUAGAAGUGGACUUUGA